CAAUUUUCAUCACAGUUCCCCUACGGAGGUUUCAGCGGCGGCUCUACAGCGACCAUGGACGGAGAACACGGCGGCGAGCGGCUGGUUGUGCAAGGUAGAGCGGAGAUUGACACUAGAGCUCCGUUCAAGUCCGUUAAAGAGGCCGUCAUGUUGUUCGGAGAAAGAAUUUUGGUGGGGGAAAUUUAUGCCAAGAAAAUGAAGGAAAGGGUGGAAGUGGGAGAAUCGCAAACCAAGCAAAAUGGAGAGAACAAUCUACUAGCUUUCUGCCUUCAAUCUCUCAAAGACGAGCUCGAACGCACCAAGCAAGAACUCAAACAACUCAAAUCAACCGAACAUGAAAAACCGCACCACGAGCAUCCUCUUUCACCAACAAUGGCAAUCCAUUCCAACGUCGACAAAGAUCCAAAAUUCGUACAGAAUAAGAAAGAAAACAACACGAACAUGUUGCAGAAAAAGAGAAGCGUUAAAUUUGCAGUCCCUCUUGAAUUGAACCGAAACAUAUCUGUGAAAUAUGAGUCCAUAGCUCAAAAGUCAUCAUUGUCUCCGUCUUCGACUAAGAAGCCGAAGAAAAAAUCUUUAGCCUAUUUGAUUGGACGAUUUUUCACCAAAAAGAAGAAAAAUCAUCAAUAAGCUUAAUUGUUGUGAUUA